AUGGUCACCGAGGUUUCAUUGAAUUCAGGCUAUAAAAUUCCAGUAGUUGGCUUGGGUACUUGGCUUUCUCCAGUGGGUCAAGUCGGGAAAGCUGUGAAAAUUGCUCUUAAUAAUGGUUAUCGGCAUAUUGACUGUGCACAUGUGUAUCAAAAUCAAGAAGAAAUUGGUGAAGCGCUCGCUGAAGUAUUUAAGGAAGGAAAACUGAAAGUAACACGUAGUGAUGUAUUUAUUACAUCGAAAAUAUGGAACACUUUUCAUUCUUACGAAAGAGCGAAGCGUGGUAUUGCCAUUAUACUCAAGGAACUUCGUCUAGAUUAUUUAGACUUAUGCCUUAUUCACUGGCCGCAUGGAUAUAAAGAGGGUCAGGGUUUUUUCCCCAAGAGAUCGGAUGGUUACAAAUUCAGGUAUUCAGAUACUGACUACCUGGAUACUUGGCGUGCAAUGGAGGAAUAUGUCGAAUCAGGGAAAAUUCGUUCAAUUGGAUUAUCAAAUUUCAACCACAAACAAAUACAACGAGUUAUUGACUGUGGUGUGAUAAAACCGGCCAUAUUGCAGGUUGAACUUCAUCCGUAUUUCCAACAAUCCAAACUCAUCAAUUUUUGUAAAAGCCGUGGAAUAGUGAUUACUGCUUAUAGUCCACUUGCCAAUGCUGCCAUGCCAUUUAGGAAUGAAAAUGAUGCGAUUUUACUUGAUGAUCCUAUAAUUUUGAAACUUGCAGAAGUGCAUCAUAAAUCACCAGCACAGGUAGUAUUACGUUGGGCUAUUCAACGUGGCUUGGUUGUAAUCCCCAAAUCUGUGACAGAGAAAAGGAUUAUUGAAAAUCUUAAUAUUUUUGACUUUGAACUCAUGUCAAAUGAAAUGGCAUUGAUUGACGACAUGGAUAGAAACUGGCGUAUUUUAGAUCUCAAAUCAAGAGAUGGCGACCAUCCACUCUUUCCUUUUAAUGAUGAAUUUUGA